UUCGCUUCGUACACUCAUCUGGUGAGCUACGCGGCCAGGAGGCUGGCCCUUUCUCUAGCUACUCCGAUACCACGUGGUUUCCUCUUUGCAAACAAAAAAAAUAGUGAAUUCGAGUCGGUUUAGAGGCGGUGCCAUCGCCAGGCAGAAGGAUCUGUGACAGUGCAGGGUACAACUCGAGGUUGAGGGGCAGAGAGAGGAAAACAUUUCUCCAGAUCCCGCCAUACUUCUACCACUAUUCCACCAUAACCACCAUCAAAUUAAUUCAAAUUGAUCAAUUUCUACAUUGUGCGAUACAUUCGCUUGGGUUGCUGCAGUCAAGGUGUCUCCACUUCAGUAUUGGACUUAAUCAAACUACAAUAUUACCAUUACUUUGAACUUUUUUUCCUUUUUCUUUUAGUUUUCCUUUGAAAAUAAAUGUAUUUCGUUUUCUUUUACUGCUUGUGGACAUUUGUAAGUGUUUUCAACCUGUGAUCAUCCUGUGUAGAUCUAUCUUGUUGCGUUUUCAAAGAAAAAAAAGUUUUGUUUCUCUAAUAUUUUCAUUUCAAUUGGAGGACCUCUAUUUUUCAACAUGAACAAGCUAUACAUUGGAAAUCUCAAUGAAAACGUGACCGCAGAGGACUUGGUUAAAACCUUUGAUGACAACAAGAUUCCAUACUCUGGGCAGUUUCUUAUGAAAACUGGCUACGCGUUUGUUGAUUGUCCGGACGACCAAUGGGCUAUGAAAGCCAUUGAAGCAUUUUCUGGUAAAGUGGAGCUCCAUGGGAAACAUAUUGAGGUCGAACACUCUGUCCCUAAGAAGCAAAGGUGGGCGGUGCAGCUACUCGGAGAACCGCCUCUUCCACGAUGCUGUAGUACUCUCGAGUAGUUUACAGACUUUAUGAAUGAAGGCAGGUUUUCCUCCUAACAGCAGCGCUAGGCUGUAAAGCGAGCGCUAGCAGCUGAGCGAUGGGGGGAGGUGUGUAGCCACCGCACCGACAGACAGAGAGAGAAGCAAGAGUGUUUGCAUUCUCAAUAGAAUGUAAUGAACAGUCCUUCCUUUCGAAUGAAAUAUAGCCAGACGUCCAUUCAUAAUAUGUACAUUUACAAUAUUGUGCAUUUCUUUGACUAUGGUUGCAUAGCCUAUAUAACGCCUAUUGUUUAACCUUUAAACAAUAGUGAUAAAAUGGCAGCUGUUUAGGGUUUUUAGUGUAAAUUAUGAAUAAUAUCUUAUCUUUAUAAGCGUUUGUUUUGCCCAUACAGGAACCUAGCCAACAAUUCUCAACGUGGUGAUUGACUGUGACACUCAUCCAUAUCAAUUUAUUCAAUAGGUGAUGCCCAGAUGAAUAGUGCUCUCACUGAUGUUUCUACAUGUUCUGGUAUAUUCUGCGCUGCCACAUGACUGUAUUUCAUUGUGGUAAUUGGGCGUUGUCAAAUAAAGAUGGCUGCCUACUUGCUGGCCUCACAUGGUUCAGAUUUAUCUAGGGUGGUGUCAUUCGCAGUGAACUAGAAAAUCCGGCUUUACAGACAUGUGUGUGUGUAAGAGCCCUGUAAGUGUUUAUUAACUCCCACCGUCGCAAGUUACAUGCAGUGUUUUGGUUUUGUUUAUAUUCUAAACAAAUGCAUUCUCAUUAACCGCAAAUUAAUCCCAAUCCAGACUACUUCUAAUUUGAAGAAUGGCUUUCUUAUCUGUCUGAUUCAGAUGUUUACACGCUGGGUUCUGCAUGGCAAAUAUGGAAUAUGGACGGAGAGGCAAAUAAGGCAAAUAGCCUUCGGUUCUGAUUAUGAGGUUAUAGUCCAUAUAGCCUAAUGUAUGAGGAAUGUUGAGGCCUAUGGCCUCAGUUAAGUAGCCUACUUCUCUCUUUAUUGUCUUUUGGGCAGUC